AUGUCCGAAACUACAGCAAGUUCUCCUGCACAGGAUGACGAUGCAGGGGAAUCUGGUCCCAGCUUUCUAAACUGCCCGCCUAUCUUUGUGCUUCCGACCCAUCUCAGUCUGGAAUCGCUUCACGGCAUAGAGGAGAAGCUGGUUAAGCGAGAAGCACCUCUGACCUACGACAUAUCCGAAGCCAGACUGGUACUCGGGAGAAUCGGACAAGGCAAGCGAGCGGCUUUAGAACUACGAUCUCGAGGAUUAUGGACCGAACCUAUCAGUAAACCCGAGCCCCCCAGGAAGCGGCGUCGUGUCAAUGCAGCUGAGUCGAAAAAGCCUGCAGACCAGGCCGACAUUAUCGACCUCAGCACGGAGACAGAAGACGAAGAAGAUGGGAUGAAAAGUCGGCACGACCCCUCGCGGCAUCUCCAUCGGACGCAGACUGAUUCCCCCGCCGCGGAAUCUACUAUUUCCAAUCCGUCUGACGCGUCUUCUGUGUCAUCCUCCGUUGCACAAGCAGACACCAUCAGCGUCGUCAAACUAGACUGGCUGGACCAAUGUCUCAAGACGCAAGAGCUCCUUCCUACCGAUCCAUUUACGAUUUACAUCGCCCGACGGGCUCCACGUCCCGCAGAGCCCCCGAAACCAACCUCCCUAGGGAGCGAUAUCCUCCAACGAGCUAGGCAAGAUGCCGCAUUACGACCGCCACCAAAGCCACCGACCGUAUAUCAUCAUUCGCGUACUCACGAUUCGACUCACAACCCGCCCAAAUUAUACCGAACUACCACCUCGGAGAACGAGGAAACCGAGUCCCUUCCCCCAGCCCCAGACUGGGUGAAGGAGCACGUCCUCUACGCCUGCCUGCGCUCCGCACCCCUCCACCCUCCAAACGAAGGCUUCAUCAACCAGCUGAUCAAAAUCCGACAAAUUCGCGAAUUAACACUCGACGAAAUCGGCGUCCGCGCCUACAGCACCUCUAUCGCGGCAAUCGCAGCCUAUCCACACGAAUUCCGCCGCCCCUCCGAGGUCCUCACCCUCCCAGGCUGCGACACCAAAAUCGCCAACCUCUUCUACGAAUACCAAGAAAGCCCAACGGGCACCCUCUCAGCCGCAUCUCUCCUAGACAACGACCCGACCCUCCGCAUCCUCAACACCUUCUACAACAUCUGGGGCGUCGGCGCCAAAACCGCCCGCGAACUCUACUACUACCGCCACUGGACGGACCUCGACGACAUCAUCGAACACGGCUGGAACAGCCUCACGCGCGUCCAACAAAUCGGAGUAAAAUACUACGACGAGUUCCUAAUCGGAAUCCCCCGCCCCGAAGUCGAACAGAUCGCCACAACAGUAACCCAACACGCCAAUCUCGUCCGCCCAACCUCCUUCGACAACGAAGAAAAGGGCAUCCAAUGCAUAAUCGUAGGCGGCUACCGUCGUGGAAAACCCCUCUGCGGCGACGUCGACCUCAUCCUCACCCACCCGGACGAAUCUCUAACCAAGAACCUGGUCCUCGACGUAGUCGCCAGCCUUGAAUCCUCCGGCUGGAUCACCCACACCCUAGCCCUCCACUUAAUGACCUCUAACCGCGACCAACAAACCCUUCCCUACCGGGCAAGUAAUGCCGACAGCACGGGGAAGAACUUCGAUACAUUAGAUAAAGCCCUCGUCGUAUGGCAGGAUCCUCACUUCGACGACGCUGAUACCCCUCAGAACCAAUCAGAAACCCCAGAAGAAGAACAUUACACAAGAAGUAAACGAAACCCAAAUCCCCACCGCAGAGUAGACAUCAUUAUUUCCCCCUGGCGAACGGUCGGGUGUGCCGUGCUCGGCUGGUCAGGUGAUAAGACCUUCGAGCGGGAUCUACGGCGGUACGUGAAGAAGGCGCAUGGAUGGAAGUUUGAUUCGAGUGGGGUUAGGGAAAGGACGUCGGGGGGUCAGGUUGUUGAUCUUGAGGGCGACGGGGAGACGUGGGAGGAGAGGGAGAGGUUGGUUAUGGAGGGGCUGGGGGUCGGGUGGAGGAGGCCGGAGGAGAGGUGUACCCGGUGA